AUGGGUUGUACAAGUUCGCAUCAAACAGGAACAACGAAAGAAAAUACAAAUUUAGCUUCAACAACAAUAAUCGAUGAUGGUCAACAAUUAAUUAAUGAUCAUUUUCGUAAAUGGUUAAAAACUAAUCGACCAAAAGCAGACGAAUAUGUACUUAAUGAUGUAUUAUCAACAGCACAACCAUCAAACGAAGUUGAAGAUUAUAAAGCUAUAGUUGGCAAAGCACUUGAUUUACUUUCUGAACGUCAUGAUAUAAAAUCAACAAAUAAAUUAGGUAAACUUGUACAAAAAGAAAUAACAUUAGCAUCACCAAAAAAAGUUGCACAUACAAUUGAUGUUUUAAAACAAACAGCAGAAAAAUUACGCAAUGGAAAUAUUCAACUUGAUUUAGAACAACAAACAACAGUAACCCCAACAGUUAAUGAAAUCACUAACGAUGCAAGUGUACUUGAAAAUCAACAUAUACAACUUUCAUCAGGUGAACCAGGCAUUGUUUUAAAAGAAGCUUUAGAGAAAGCACGAAUUUUAUUUUAUAAAGGUAAACAAGCUGCUAUAUUUGCUAAUCCAAAUGGUGGUUAUGACGUACGAAUUCUUGAUGAAAAUGAUGAAACAGUAAAACAUGAUGGAAAUCUUCUUCGUUCAAUUAUUGUAACUGAAGUUAAAAUGCGUCCCAAACCAACAACAAUAAGUUCACCAUUAUUUAUUCCACCACCACCACCACCACCAUUAUCAUUAAAAGUACUUGAUGAAAAUGAAAUUUCUGAUGACUUUCGUCGUUCGAUCGAUGCUGCUCUCAAAGGGCUUGAAGUUGUUUACCAAACAUCAACAACAACAUCACCAACAUCAGAGCAUGCUCAAGCAAUACAUAUUGAUAAAAUUACUAAAAGUACUCCAUCACCAACAACACCUGUAGUCAUUCAAUAUGGUGUAACUAAUGUUCCGUUACCGAAAUCAACUUCAAAAGAAAAAAACACAUUAUCAAAUGAUCUUUCAGCUACCACUGAUCAUACAGUUAAUUUAGCUGAAAUUAUUCAUCAAAUGGCUGAACAACAAAAAGUUGCUAGUGAACAAUUAUCAAAAAAUAAUAAUGAUGAAAAAGAAAAAGAAACUUUUCAAGCUGAUAUUCAUCCCAAACUUGUUGGACUUAUUGAUAAUAUGAAUGAAUUAAUGAUGGAUACAAUUGAAGUAACAACAUGUAGUGACAUUGGAAGUCCAUUAUCAUCAUUACAACAUGAUACAAUAGAAAAAAUAGUUACAAUUAAACCAAUUGAUGAAUCAUCAGGACAAAUUGAACGUAUUGUUAAAGAAAUUAAAGAGCACGGAGAAAAAUUUGGAUCAAAAGAAAGUCUUCCGCCUAUAGUUUCAACAAUAAAACAACCAUCAUCGUAUUCAAUUGGAUUAACAUCACCCUUACAAAAUGAAUCUAUAAUGACAUCAUCAACAACGUCAGCUGUUCAACAAAAAACUAAAUUACGUAGUGAAAAUCGUCCAAAAUCAUUUAUUGCUAAUGAAGAAACUCCUUCAAAGAAAGUUCUUUAUAAUUUAAAUAAACAAACUUCACUUGAUGAAUUAGUACAUUUAACUCAAACAGGUUUAUCAAAUCCAAAUUUAACAACAUCAAUAACAAAACUUGGUAUAUCAACAUCAUCAGGAAAGAUUGAAGAAGAAGAACAACAAAUACCAAUUGUAACAGCUGAACCAUUAACAAAAAUGCCAACAUCAAUUAGUCAAAUUAUUGAAGAACAUCGAACAAUUCUAGAUGAACCGUCAUCAACGACAUUUCCGCCACCACCUGUCGUGACUCCUGUUGACACUCAUAUUAAAGUGAAAUCACCAAGUCAUAAUGUGACCUAUACAGAAAUAAUUCAUUCAGAAUCUCGAGAUGGUGAACAAUCACGUCGUUUUAUAAGUGAAUCAUCUGAUCAAAAUCCAUUAAAUGAUGAUGAACAAACAACAACAUUUAAAGUUAUUACAAAAUCUGAGUUUUCAAAUCAUCCAACAUUAGGUGAAAAAAUUAUGGAACAAAGUGUACAAGUUAUAACUGUUAAAGUACGAAAUGAAACAAUAAAAACAACAGUACAACACGCAUCUUUACCAUCAACAACUGAUAAUGAUAUCACAUAUGAAAGACGACCGGUUAGUGAACUUGUCAAAAAUUUUGAAGUAGUUGCUGCUGCCAAUGCAAGUAAUGUUAAUACUUGA